AUGUCCGAGGACGGCGAGCUCCUGGACUACGACAGCGCGUCGACGACGCCGAGGUCGAGCGAGUACGACGACGCGGACGUGCAGAUACGCGCGGAGUCGGAGUCGGAGACGCCGCCGACGCGGCGGCGGUCGCCCGCGCGAAGACCGAACAGCGCGCUCGCGGCCGCGCUCGGUCGCGCCGAGCGCGCGCGCGAGGGCGUGGAGGACUUCAUGAACGACAUUCACGAGGCGUACUCGUUCGACCUGGACCCGGAGUACCGCGUGAAAGUCGUGAAGCGGUUCGACGGCAUCGCUCUCGGGGCGAGGUACGACCUGAAGUCCAGGGUGUUCAAGGUGAAAGUCAAAGAAGCGCCUCGAAGGGACGAGAGCGACGGACGGUUCAAGUUCUGGAAGGUGUUCAAGAAGGCGGAGUACGCGCCCGAAGGCGGCGUCGCGGAGGUGUUCACGCGGCCGCUGAGGUGGGGGAUACUCUCGCUUCAGGCGAUCGGCGGGUAUAAACAGGAGACGGGGAACUUUAGUUUUCGCUGGAAGGCGACGAGCACGGUGUGGGAGACCGCGCGCGGGGAGGUGAUGCGACGGACGGAGAGGGACGUGAACGACCGACUCUCCGCGGCGUUGCGAUGGGACCUGGACGUGCGGCCACCGAAGGCGGAGGGCGGCGUCUCCACGGGCGAGGGCGGGGAGAGCAGAGCGAUGGACAUCGACAUCGGGAGUUAUCACGUGGCGGUUCCCAGGGUAGAGUUGAAGCUGGAUUUGUCCGGGGAGACCGAGGCGGCGCGGCGGCGCCGCGAGGGAAAGUGA